GAGUCGACCGAGCGGCUUCUGUUCCUGCGGCGCCGGCUUCAUCCUGGUCAACGAGACGGAGUGUGUGCCCAGAGAAGAAUGGGACAUCACUGUGAAGAUGAAAGUGGGACUUAAACACCAUUUUACAAAGGCAGAGGUUCUGAACAAGACGCUGGAGAUCCUGGGCGGAGGGGCGCCGAUGUGGAAAGAUAUGGAGGAUGCUUUCAACGUGGAGAUCAGGCCCGGCGAAGUGAAGAUCGAGCUGAGCGUGGUGGGGCGCGGCCUGCAGGAACGCCUGACGAAGAAGGGAUCCUGGAGUGACAAGUUCGGCGCCUUCGCUGUCUACCCCAGCAGCGUGCCCAGCUUGUCGGUUGGGCCUCUGUCCGCCGAAUUCAACCACGCCGACGCCCUCGUGGUUGGCUGCCCGAUUUACGGCGGGAACGAGCUGCACCUCGACUGGUUCAAGGACGGGAACCUCAUUUACUCGCACAAUGUGUCGUCGUGCAAAUACGAAGGCAAGACCUCGCGCAUGUACGUGAUCGCCGAGCGCGGCAGCUCCAAGUACGAGUGCCGCGUGAUGCUGUGGGUGAGCCGCCCCCAGCAGGUGGACCACGGGACCUUCGUGUGCCAGGUGACCGACCGCAGGUACCAGCUGAGCCAGAAGGUGGUGGCGGGCGUCAACGACUCGCUGCUGGUGGAGAUCUCGCCCUUGGUCACUACUGUCCGCGUGGGUGAAAAUGCCUCGCUCGUGUGCACCACCAAGAACCGGGACUGGCACGACAACGAGCACUACGCCGGCGAAUGGGAGGUGCUGCCCCCCGACGGCUUCUCCGAGGCGCACAGAAGCUUCCUCCUGCGCAAGGGCUUCCAGCUGGAUCUGUUUAAUGUCACGAAAGCCCUGCGGAUCCGGUGCGCGGUGCGGGAGAAGGAGGGCCUCGUGUGGACGCCCGGCACCUCGCUCAAGGUCUUGGCGGAGGCGACGGUCCCGCUGCACGUCCUGGCCGGGGGGCGCUCCGCCUGCCCGCCGCGGGAGGAGCUCGGCGUCGCCUGGCACCUCACGCCCGUGAACGAGCGGGACGAGGCCGGGUGCCCUUCCAGCCACGUGGGUCUGGCCGAGAGGUGGUGCCGCUCUCUGCCUCCCCCCUCCCCCCGCUCCCCCCCGCGCUGGGACCGACCGGACUUCUCGCGCUGUCUCUACGCCCCGCUGCGCUUCGUCCGCACGGCUCUGCUCCUCCACGAGAGAGGGUACAGGACCAUCCCCGGCUCCGUGGACGAGCUCGCCGCCGCAUUCAACCGGAUCCUGCUGGAGCGCGAGGUGCCCUUCCUCCCCGGCGAAGGAGGGAGCAUCCUACAGAUCCUGAGGAAGUUGCAGGAGGACUCAUGGCGCCUCCUGAGACUCGUCAUGAGGUUCACCAAGUCUAGCCUCUCGUCGCUGAAGUUCGGGUCAAGAGAGAGCCAAGCGACGCACCUAACCUACGUCGCGGCCAAGAUGGGGUCCCUGGCGGCCGGAGGGAGCUUCGCCGUGGACAGCGGGCCCUUCGCGGGGGGCGGGGGGGCCAGCAACUCAACGGGCGAGGUCCGCGUCGAAGUCCGCCUCGACGACCACUCUUCGCGGGCGUGGUGGGCGGCGAGGGAGAGGGCGGCGAGGGCGUCCGGCUCGUGGGGCAAGGAGGAGGCAGCCCACGCCCACGCUCACGCCAUCGUUAAGUUGGGCGUCGUCGCGUUCCUGAGCCCGAGGACGACGAUCGACCGCCUCCUCAUCGGGAAGGACCACAAGACCGAAGUCCCAGUCAUGGUUGAGGCGCCUUUGGUGGAGAUCGUAGCCGUGAGCGAGUCCUUCACGCCCAUGUCGGGAGGUGGAGACGCCCGUAGAUGCCGCCCCGACGCCGCAGAUUUUGUCUCGACUCGUCUAUCCUUCAUGUCCUCAGGCUCCUUCGGAUCAGGACAAUGUGAGGACCCCCGCUGGGCGCCUGGCUGUGGCCGAGCGGACCCCGUCGGCGCCUCCGUCGUAUGGGACCUGAACGCCUGCGACCUGAGGAAGGCGGGAGCCGAGGAAGGCCGCUGGGACGCAAGGCGCGACGAGGCGGAGUUUCUCGGCGAAGGAGGAUGCGCGUGCCACUGCAAAGGGCAGGGGAUCUUCGCCCUCCUGCUGGUGCGGAAGGCCAGGAAGGAGCCCUCGCCCGCCUGGGACGCGAACCUCAUGACGGGCAUCAGCUGCGUGGUGGCGCUGGUGGUGCUUGCCCUGUGCCUGGUCCUGCUGCUGCCCCGCGCCGCGCACUCGUCCACGCAGCUGCAGCUCCUCAAGUGCCUGGCCCUGGCCGCCGUCAACGCGAUCUUCGCAGCCUACGCACUCUUUCCUGUGGCCAAGACAGAUUACGCCGGGGUCAUGGCUGCCUUGGCUUCUUCCCUGGUUUUGUGUCUCGGCGUAGGCGUGUGCCAACAGAUGGCGCUGCACCAACACUUGGCUAUAGCCCCCAUGCACCACGCGUCCGUCUCACCCACGCGGAUAUGCAUCUUCAUUGUAUUUUUGAUCUCCACCAUGUCCGGCACCAUUGUCUGGACGAUACACCACAUCAAGCAGUACCCGCUGUCCACCCCCUGGCUUCCCUUGGGCAACGCCUGGGGCAUGACAGCUUUGGUGGCAGGGUUCCUCAUUGCUGUGACGUUGCUGUGGGGCGUCCUGGUGCUGCACAACAUGAUGCAGCUGGCCACGCUCAGGGCCAACACCCCGCAGCACAAGGGAGCUGUUCUUAUACGAGGGUUGAUGCGUCAGCUGGUGGUGGUUGCCGUGGGCGAGUGGCUAAUGGUGACCGCCAGCUUUGGUCACCAGCAUGCUUUUGGGAGAUAUUUCUUUGGUCUCAGUGCCGUCAUUCAGAGCGUGGUAAUGCUUCUAGCGUCCGUGUUUGGAAGCCAUGACGUCACGGCCCUGCAGUGUUGUAGUGGGGCAGCUCUCGCUGACCAGAACAGCCCUGGAGAGCGUGAGGACGGCGCCGACGACAUGGCCGGGACGGAGGGCUGCAUAGGUACCCUCAUGGCGUGCCGCGGACCCUCCUACACAGGCGUCUCCGUGCACAACGCCAACAUCCUCCGGGAGGACGAUUCCACUGAGUUUCGUGCCCGAGGGGGAUCCUUCUGGUCGCAGACGACGACUACCUUGGCGCUGUCUGAAACCGGCGAAGUCCUACCCUCGCCCUCGGAUCUCCCGAUGGUCAGGGACCCCUUCGGCCUCGAGGGCAGAGCAAGGCUACCCCUCUACGCCCGCCAGGGCUCCGGCCUCCACACGGCCAGGAACCUCUUUCUCAGAGGAACGGACUUACUCCACGGUGAAGACUCUUCCAGACGGACCCAGGACACGCUCCUCAGUGCCUCUUCGCUCUUGGCCCAGACAGAGGGCAGGCUCCCUGUAGGACUCAAGAGGAACCUUUCCUACAGUUCUCACCAGCCCAUCAUCCACGAGUUUCCGCUGGAGAUGUACCAGGGAAGCCCGAAGAAGGGCCGCGACUCCAGCGGGAGGUACCUGGACAUGACGGGGUCGAAGCACAAGAGGAAUGGGGCCUCCCCCGCGGACGGCAGCGGGCGGCCGGUCGCAUCGAGGGUCAGGAGGAGUUACGUAAAUGUGAAGGACGAGCCGGUGCGCCAGCCGGGGCUGCCAACGACCCAGGGGCACCAAGUACAUCCCGAGGAUAAGAAGACUACGAAAAGUUACGUCAAUAUAACCGAAGAUGAGGAAGGAGGAAGAGAAAGUGGAAGAACAGGAGGAGGAGGAGGAGAAAGUGGAAGAACAGGAGGAGGAGAAGGAGAAAGUGGAAGAACAGGAGGAGGAGGAGAAGGAGAAGGAGACGAACAAGCCAAGACCAAACACCACUACUUGCCCAUGACCGUCCAUCCGCACAGAAUGGUUAUACUCCAUUCCCCCAUAACACCCGAUAGUGACGUUAAUAGCAAUAAAGCAGUUAACAUCCAAAUAGACGAUAAAGUACAAAUCAAUAAGGAACAACAAGAAAUGGCAGGCGAUGACGUGGAUGAUAAUAGUAGCUCAAGAGAAAGCCUCAAAACUGAAGAAGUAGAAGCAGCCAACAGUAGACCAGACCAGGCUGAACCGGACGUGCCGCAAGCAUCCCCAACCCCGACGGAAUCCACAGACAGCCCGAAGUCGCGCCAGAGCUUCAUACGUGAAUCGCCUGUUAUAUUCCAGACGGUUGGGCACUGCGAGAACGACCUCUUCCAUGCGCCUCUAGAAAACAACUCCCCUUAUUGCAAUGGUGCAAACAGAACAGCAUUCACUUGCCUGCACGCGUGCGGGGAAGCGGGCAACAGUGUGGUGUUCAUACUGCCCAGUCCCUGUUGCCACGAGCAGGGCGUCCACACCGCCCACCAGUCCCCACAAAACGCGAAAGUCUCGCCUCGCAGGAAACAGGAGGCGUCGCCCCCUUGCCAGAAACACAACACCCUGACGCCCCAUAGGCACCACGGCGUCCCAAAGAACCCAAGCGAGAACCACGCGACGUUGGACUCUCAUUACAAAAGAAGUGAUUCGCGAGGAACCGCCUCCCCGGCCGAAGACGGCGAGGGAGAACCCGAGAACCAUGAAGAGAACCAAGAGACAGACGACUUGCUCCUCUCGUUGGUUCCCCUCGAUUUGGAGAACGACGACGAAAUCUCUCCCGACACACAGGACUGCCUGCCAGUACUGACCAGGAAACCGAGAAACACGGCUUUGUGACUUGUAAACAGAGGUACAAGUGCCAUUUCCUUCUGGCUUGUUUAAGAGUCGGAUAUAUUUUAAUGGUGAGUUAGUGAGUGUGUGAAUGAAUCUGCAUUUGCCUAGUAAAAGACUAAUAUAUAUAAGUAUUAUAUAAACAUAGUUAAUAUAUUCAAAUGACCAUCUUCAGACUCAGAAUGAGUCUGAAUAAUAAUCUUAAUUUAUUAUUUUCCCCGGUUUUUGUUGCUUCUUUUGUUUAAAUAUUUUAGUUUUUUAUUUGUUACGUAUUGAGUUCGUAUUUUGUCUUUACUUGUAUUCCCCUUCAUUGUUUACAUAUUUAAAUUAAUUUUCUUUCCGUUUGUUUUUCUUUACAUUUCCAUUAUUUUUUUUCUAAUUUCUUUUUUAUUUGCCUUUUCCCCCUUCUCUUCUGCCGAUCUUGUUCUCCGUUUUACCAUCAUGGUUUUCGUUUUCUUCUCUACACUUAUGUAUUGUGUUGUGUUGAUGUACAUAUAUUUUUAUAUAUUCCAAUUUCUUUUUGUUUUCAAAUUAUUAACUUUUUUGCAUUUUUUAUCGUGUACUGACCGUUCAGUAUAUUUUAUUCUUUGCUCCUUUGUUCGUUUUAGUGAGGUUGACUUCCAUGAGUGAUAUCGAAUCUACAAAUGUCUGUUUUUGUUCAGAACCGAAAUGUCCUACAACUACAUUGCUUUCUGAAUGGCUAAAAUAUACCACGUUAGUGCAGUAAUAUAGUAAUAUUUUUUAUGGAUAUUUUUAUGGGAAAAGACUAAUGCGCUGUAGAUGAUAACAAUAUAACAAUGAUGAUAAUAAUGGUAAUAAUAAUAAUUGUAAUGUCUCAGGAUAUUUUAUAACACAAUGAAGUUGAGUGUAUUUUGUGUUGUUACAUUGGUGGUGAUAUUGUAUGUGUGUAUAUAGAUGAUAUAUUAUAGAACCUUUUUUAUUGAUUAUUUUGGUGUUGAUCAUUUUAAUAUUGGUAUUGUGAUACUUUUUAAAAAUGUCUUUUCUCAUUUUCUUUUGAUUUAUUGUUCUUGCGUUUUUUUUUUUUUUUUUUCUCUCAAUAGGUUUACGAAAGAAUUUGUUCUUAUUUUCCCAUCUGCAAAUCUGCUUGUUUGUAUUUUAUAAGUGUUGAUGAAGAAAAAUUAUCUUAAAGUUGGUAAUUUGAA